AUGACCAUGCGUUACUCCGUCGUCGAGCCACACCCAACCAUCGCCAAAUACACCUACUCUGGUCGUGGAGGAGCUGGUAAUGCUAUCAAGGCCCCUAAGUCCACCACGAGCAGACUGUCUUCUCGCCCAGUCUCGUCGUUCGGCCCUCAAUCCAGCAACAAAUUCAGUAGUGGUCGGGGAGGAGCAGGCAAUAUCUGCAACAACUCAGAGCGUGCCAUGUUCUCCUUCGAUGAAGAACUAGAACGUCAAGGAACCCGCGAUCAAAUGGACAAUGCCUGGCAUAUUGGACGAGGAGGAGCCGGAAACUGGAGCUCUUCUAUUCUACGCCCCUUCUCACGCUCUUCCCGCAGAGAAUCUAUCUCCUCGAAUGGUAGCUCUCGAUCAUCUGGAUUACUACGAAGACUCAGCCGCUCAUUCGAUCGUGUCUAG